AUGGGUAUUUCUCGUGAUUCUAGACACAAGAGGGCAGCUACCGGUGCUAAGAGAGCUCAAUUCAGAAAGAAGAGAAAGUUCGAAUUGGGCCGUCAAGCCGCUAACACUAAGAUCGGUGCCAAGAGAAUCCACACCGUUAGAACCAGAGGUGGUAACAAGAAGUUCAGAGCUUUGAGAAUUGAAACCGGUAACUUCUCAUGGGCUUCUGAAGGUGUUUCCAGAAAGACCAGAAUUGUUGGUGUCGUGUACCACCCAUCUAACAACGAAUUGGUCAGAACCAACACCUUGACCAAGUCUGCUAUUGUCCAAAUUGAUGCUACUCCAUUCAGACAAUGGUACGAAUCUCACUACGGUCAAGUUUUGGGUAAGAAGAAGAACGCUAAGGCUACUGAAACCACUGCUAGCUCCAGAAACGCUGAGAGAAAGUGGGCUGCUAGAGCUGCUGAAGCUAAGAUCGAGCACUCCGUUGACGCUCAAUUCUCUGCUGGUAGAUUGUACGCUUGUAUCUCUUCCAGACCAGGUCAAUCUGGUAGAUGUGACGGUUACAUUUUGGAAGGUGAAGAAUUAGCCUUCUACUUGAGAAGAUUGACCGCCAAGAAAUAA